UGGUCGCCCACCCCCCAGAUGUCAAAAGGAAAAAAAAACUAGCCCACUCCCCCGGUUCGUUCCUCUCUCCCUCCGGCCCCGAUGCUUCACAUCUCGUCAUUGCGGCGGAGGCAGCGGCAGCGACGGCACCGGACGGACGACCCGGCGGCGAGGACUACCUCUCUCGCAUGUGGAGUAGUUCCCUUUCCUCUCUCAUGCGGUAGCAACUCGGAGGCGCCGUGGGCGGUGCAAGAUCCGGGCGAGCUUGGCAGGACAACGGCGUUCUCCGGCGUCCCUCUCCAGCGUCGACGGUAUUAUCGCCAGAGCAGAAGAAGAUGUAUGCAAGGGACUUGGAGACAAGACAAUGGUUUGAAGCUUUGGGCGCCUGCGGCCGGCUCGACAGGUGGCAUCAGCAGGCGCCGGCCGGCCUCGGCACUACUGCGGGUGGUUAUAUGGUGCGCGGAGCACACCAGUGGGCUUCAACGUCAGGAAAUUCAUGUCCCAACAUCAAAUUUUGAUAAGGAAAUCCUGCCAACAAAUCGAUGUUAUGGGCUUACUAGUCAGAUGAAUACUUUCUAUUUUAUUCAGGGAUACAUUCAGCAUGCUUGUGAGCACAUGGAUGGCUUCGGUGGGUGCCAUGGCCUUUCCAUUCUGAAUUGAAGUUGGUCCAAAAAUGUCAAACUCUGCCAUGGAACACAAAAGAUAUAACUUACCUUCAUAUGGUUGAUUCUUCUUAGUCUUCCUUUUGUGAAGCUGUGUAGCAAUCUUCCUUUUCCUAUCUGUAAUUAGAUUUUCUUAGGAAUACUCUCCAUUUUCUUAGGAACACGACGUUGUUUCGAUGCCUCCAAAUGCAGCAGCAACAGAGCCGGAAGAAUAUCGAUGGCAAGGUGAGCGACAUCUGGCAGAUUGUGAACAGAGGCCACGGAAGGUGGCUGGAACCCCAACGUGGCCCCAAAAUCAACCACCAACGGGCAGGCAGAGAGGAGGUGACUCGCUGACUGCAGCGGGGCAUGGCGGAGUGGGCAACUAUUCCACGCUCUAAAAUUCAGGUUUAUAGCAAUGAAAAAGGUGAUUUUGUUCCUCAAUCAUGCUUAACAUUUCUUUAGCAAACAAGCACUAGCAGCCUGUUUUCAGAUGUGCUUCUUGUUGGUUCAUGUAGACAUGCCAAUGAAGGCCUGGUAAAGUAGAACAGAAAAAAAAAUACAGUAUAUUGGUUUAAUUGUUCUCUUGUGUAGACCAAAAUUAGCGAGUAAAGGAAAUACGAUUUUGCUUCCAAAUUCUUUCUGCGAGCUUAUCCCAGGAAUAAUGUUUUGUUCCUAUUUGAAUUGGAACGUGUGACUUCCGGAGGCUACUCUUCCAUCCGAUGUUGCUGUUCAACAGCUCUCAAAGGCACAGAGCAAAUCAGUCGGGCUUCGACCAGAUGUCCAUCUCCAGAACCUUGAUUCCUAAUCCUACAGAGCUCUAUUCUGGCAAGUAGUACAUGUAAUUAGUUCUUGGAGGGUAUGCAGAUUGAAUUGCUAUAUUGCAGUCUGGACUACUGCAAUUUUUUGAUAACCAUGAUCUGGAUGUAGAUAAUUUUGAGAAAGCAUACUUCUUUCCAUGUGCAUAUAGGCUUUAUGGGAUUAGUCUCUCUAUCAUCAGUUCUUCCAGUAUUUGAUUGAACCCUCUUAAAUUCUAAUUUAAGCAAUUUAUCAAUCCAUCUCAUGAGAGAAGAUCUGUGUUUGGUUCAGUCAAAUGUCUUACAUUUCCUUCAAACCUACUACUAGUGUCAAAGACGCUCUUAUAUUGUGGGACGGAGGGAGUAUCUUAUUUCUGUAACAUUCUGACCUAUAUAUGAGAAUUAUGUAGCUCCUUUAUUAUGACAGUAAUGAUUCACUAAGCUUCUGUUGUACCACACGGUCCAUUUUAUUUCCAGUUGUUGCCACCUCAUCUAGAUACAACACCCCCUAUUCAGUGAGCUCCUAGGCAUGCUUUGUGUUUUUAGAUCAAACUGUUCUUCUGCAACAAAAUUGAAUUGAAGUGUUGGUCUGGAAAAAAAUUUAAGAAGAAAUGAACUAUAUGCUCAUUUUCUACCAUCUACACUACUAUAGCAAUUGGUACAUGCCAGCGAGCAUAAUUCAGCAUGGGGCACCAUUCUGCUUUUCUUAAGAAACAAAGGGUUCUCCCUGGAGGGUCGUGUAAUCAGUGUGCUAUCUGAGGCCAUGUAUAGAGUUAUAGUUCUGUUUUUCUUAAGAGCUGACCCUGUAAAUUCUAGCUCUGUUUUCUUAGAGCUGAUAUGUAAAUUCUUCAAUGUUUAAAUAAAGUUCAGCCUCAGGCCCUUCAAGAUAACACUACUCCCCAGACUAAAAGGUGAUGUUGUGUUUAUAUGAUA